GCCUUAGAAUCCAAAAAGAAGAUCUGGAGGACUUCAGGAGUAGUCUAGUUUUGGGAGAAAGCCAACUACUUAUAGAAAACCAAAAGUAAUCCUAGAUUUGGAAGAAAACCCAAUCCUUAUUGAAAUUCGAAAAACUGUGUUCGCACGGUCCGCUCGAGCGCCCAACAUCCCGCUCGAGCGUCUUCAGCAAAAUAUGCGCAUGGUAUAACAGAAGUCCGCUCGAGCUCUAGAGAAUCCGCUUGAGCGCGAAAUCACAUAGCUUAGUACUUUUACAGGUGACCAAAACUGCUUGAACCAGGGAUUCUCCGCUCGAGCGGGGGAAUGUCCGCUCGAGUGGAUAGGCAACUUUGAAGGCAAUUUUCCAUUUUGCUUCGGGGCGUUGCCCCUCAAUCCCGCCUGGGCACUGCGCCGAACUCGCCAAGGGGCGCUGCCCCCUGGACCCCCGCGAGCUGACCGGGCAGCUCAAUCCCCGUUAUAAAUCAGCGAAGUGGCAAUCUUGAAAGCAUUAGCAUCACAAACUUCUCUGAAAGGUACAAUUCGGGUUGGAUUCGCAUCUAAAAACUCAUAACCUCACUGAAAUAAAAGUGCAAAAAUAAAUACAACUGAAAAGAGUUUUGUCAAACGGGAUUGCCAAGAAUAAAAACCUAACACUUUAUAUAUACCCUUACAAGUUAUAUAGAUGAUUUGGCUUCUAAGAAUUGAUUUCAUGUGAUUGUGUGCUUAUUGAUCCACAAAAACAAAUAUGUUGUAUUUGGAGACACCAAUUGGAGUUGGGUUCUCUUACUCAUCUGGUUCUUCCUCCUAUGCGGCUGUAAAUGACAAAAUCACAGACACCACAAGAGUUGCAGAAUGAGAAUGUUCCCCCUCAUCUUAUCCCACGCAAGACCUUUGGCAAUCGGCCUUCUUUUAGCCUUCUGCUUCUAUCAUUAAAUGCUUAUAAUAAUGGACAGGAAUGGUGUGAAAAACAAAUGGAAUUCUCUCUACUGUUUGGCAAACCAGAAAAGACUAAAGCAAUGAAAGCUGGUAUUGCUCGCCAUGCAGUACUUGAGGAAGAGAUGGAUGAACUCAUACAUUAAGCUGAAUUGUACAGGAUUAGUUGGCACUUGUUACAUUUUUUAAAGGAUUAUAUAUUUUUGGAUAGAUGUGUAUAGAAAAUAUUUGGAUAGACUAGUAGUUAUAUUUUUAGAUAGAUGAGCAUGGAUUAAAAUUUACAAUAUAAUAACAAGUACUUGUUAUGUUUUAAAUUUUUUAUGCUAGAUAGAUGUGAAUUGGAUGAUUAUAUAGAUUACAUGACUUUUAAUUGAAUGGUUAUGUAGUUUAGAAUUACUUGUGGAUGGAAACUUAUAAUAAUUGAUGACUUUAAUUAAACAGAUUAAGGAUUUGAUGAUUUAUGUAUUUUGUUGG